UAUAGCCUGCAAAAUUAAUAGUUCGAAAGACGAAAGAAUAAACCCUGUAUUGCGUUAGUCAGCUACAAUCAACAUUUCGAAAUACCAAUUGAUUCUUUUCCAAUCAUAUUAUUUGCUUAUAAAACCCCUAUUCCAGUAUUGACGAUCAAAAUAAACACGCAUGAAAUGCCUGCAUACGUCCUUGACACGGUUACGAGAUAGGUGCCCGGAUGCUACGUAUUGUUUCCAUGUUGAAAAAGCGUGUAUCAAUGCAAUAUUGUAGUUGAUUUUCUCACUCUUCAUAAAACGGUGGUCACAUUGUCAUAAUGUGACUCCAGUCUUCCCUGUGGCAUGCCAAGUCGAACUAACAGAUCAUUGUCUGGAAUAGUCAUGGAAAUCACUGUGUCGUCUAGUACGGGUGUGGAUAUUCCACAGCAGCUAUCUCCGAUUACGUCGGCCGUAUUGUCCCAGCAAGUUUCAAAUGCGUCGUCUGUACAGCAGCUGGCGUUGGCCAUCAAGUCAGAGGGCGGAACUACUGGAGGAAAUGGAAGGUGUGACAAUGGGAUGAUUGCUAACGGUGGCAUGCGGUCAAAGUUGGCUAGCGGGAAGACACCAACGUGUAAAGUAUGCGGGGAUGAAUCCUCGGGCUACCAUUACGGAGUGGACUCAUGUGAAGGGUGCAAGGGAUUUUUCAGAAGAUGUAUAACCCAGGGAAUGACACAUAAAUGCUCAAAUGAAGAAAAGUGUGAAAUAACUCCAUUCACCAGAAAUUCCUGCCAGUAUUGCCGGUUAAAGAAAUGCUUCGCUGUUGGCAUGUCCAGAGAAGCUUCAAGGCUAGGCCGUCGUCCAAAGCGGUUGAAAGACUCAAGCGGUGAACAGAAGCGUGAGACAAACGUGCCUAUUGCCCCAUAUCCGACCUCCCCAGCCGAACUCUAUAAGCUGAGAAUGGCCGAACUACAGAAACUCCUCCAGCAGAAUGGACAGUUCAAGUCAGAACUGAUGCAGGCCUUCCUCCAGGCCGCUCAGCAUAGCUUCCGUGAACACCAGCGGAACAAUAACACAAAUGACAAUCAGAAAAAUAAGAAAAAUGCUGCUUUUAAGUCUGGCUCUGAGUCAAGUCAGAGUUCGGCUUUGACACCAGGCUCGGUUUCUUCUCCACUCGAACAAAGUGAUGUCUUAAAUGAAAACAAUAGAAAAAGUAUUGACUCAAAAGUGGGAAUCAUUGAAAGCGGUUUAGACAACUUCAAGUUAUGUUCUGGCACCACUACUCCAACUUUUACAACAGAAGACAUUAAGACUGAAAAUGUGACCUCUCCAACAUCUUUAUACUCCAUGUCGGAAAUCAAAACAGAGAGGCCGUUGGACAACAGCCAAUACGCGCCCAUGACGGAGAACUCCAACAUGAUGCCAUCGUUCCCCCCAUCCGGUUGCGCAUCCCCAAUGUUCCAAAUGCCAGAAUUGUCACCAGAGACGAUGAUGAUGAUGCCAGACAUGAUGGAGAUGAUGAAGGACAUGGAUCCGCAGAUGAUGAUGAUGGAGGGAGGCAUGCCGCCAAUGCCAGAUCCGAGCAUGAUGGUGUUCCCUGAGCCGGACCCGAACGCCAACGAGAUUAACGUCGAACGAAUCUUAGAGGAAGUGAAGCAGGUGCCCUCAGCCCUACGGCAACAGCUUAUUGAGACAGUGAUCGACCAGGUGAGCAAGGCACACAUGGAGACGGUCACGCCCACCCGUGAGAAGGUGGCGGAAGCCGAAGAAAGCUUCAGGAGGAAGAUGAUUGAAGGACUCAUCCCCGACUUUGCGAGGUUGUCAAUAAAUCCCAGGCAAAUCUGGCAGAAGUUUGUCAGUAACAUGGUCUUUGAAGUGACACAGGUUGUUCGCUUCUGCAAAAAAUUGCCAGGAUUCAGUGAGAUUCACCAGGAAGAUCAGAUUGUGUUGAUCAAGAAGGGCUCCUUUGAGAUCCUGUUGAACCGCAUGUGUCUUCUGGUGGACCAUGAGAAAUUGGAGAUGUUCGACCCCGGCAUGGAAAUGAAAUGUCCCAAGGAAAUGGUACAGCAAAUGCCGAUGGGCAUGUUUAUUAUGGAGUUCUUCAAUGUUGCCGCCCAGAUGAACCCCCUAAAACUGACUGAUGAGGAGAUCGGACUUUUCUCAGCUUGCCUUAUUAUGUGUCCAGAGCGAGAAAACCUGGACAAUGUGUUGGCUGUAGAGAAGCUGCACACCCUCUUCCUACAGUCGCUGUUCUUUGAGAUUCGUAAGAACCACAAUGACUUUGAAAACAAGUUUGCCCGAUUACUCGGCAUACUCCCGGUGUUCAAGCAGAUUAACCAGAAGCAUUCAGCAGUUUUGAAUGCCAUGAAGAUGCAGAAGGACCCCGUUAUUAACGAGUAUCCACCACUGUCCAAGGAGAUUUAUGACAUUGAUGACAAAGCAUAAAAAACAUUAAGCCUGGGUGUUUUACUAAGUACAGCACCAGAUAUAAGUGUAUACUCUGUCCAGAAUUGGACCACUGGGUAGCAUGAUCUCUGCAAAUAAAUUCUUUUGUCUCCUCUGGAACAAUGAUACUGCAAUAGACUGCUGACAACUAAAUACCUAGUACCAGUACAUUAUUGUCACUCACACUGUUUUUCUGAAAAACAAAGACAAUUGAAGCAAUCUGAAUGUUGUUAACUUUUGUAGAAGUUUUCUUAGAACGUUCUACAACAACACUUAAAAAUGCUAUGUGUGAACAUAUUAUUCAUGUCACAUACAAGUCAAAUGCUGUUAUAAUGAAUUAACCUUGCUAUAAGGAAAUGAUAUUUCAAAGUGGCAAUUUGGUUGAUGUAUUAGGUAUAAACAAACAUUGUAUGCAGUUAUACUGUAACCUUCUGAGAUCAGCUUGUGAGGGCUAUAGAAGAUAUUGAGAGACUUGUGAAGGUUGGUCCACAAGCAUCAAUUUGCCAGAGACUGAAAAUGCGAGGGUUGGUCCAAAAGCAUUGACUCACCAGGACCGUUUAGUUGGAUCUCUUGUAUAUACUGGAUUGUGUUGUUUUGAAGAUUAAUUAUCAUGUACUCUAUAUAUUUUACCAGAUAGUCAAGUUAUUUUGUUCUUUACAAAAGUGUCUCCAGUUUUAACCUGUAACAAUCUGCUUUAUUUACCAUUUGCAAGCAGUAUAAGGUACAACUGAGAAAUGAUCAUUUAAGUCUGAAUUCAUAGCAAUACGUUAUUUUGCAUCCAAUUUUUAUCAAGGGUUUUGUAACACAAUUUGUUGGAGACAGUUUUAGGAAGAACAAGAUAAUCCUUAUGUUGUGUUAGCAAACAUUGUCAUCUCAUUUACACCAACAUCAUUGCUUGCUUGUUUAAUGUGUAGGAGUUUUUCCGCUGGUUAGGAAAGCGUUUGACAGGUAAACAUCAGCAGAGACGGCCCGUUUUCUCUCUGGCUUUUGCAUUUUACACAACCAGGUACAAAUGAUGUGCCCUCGAGGAUGCAAACAAAAGUGCUACUUCUUUUUCUUUUAUAAAAAGCUUCAUGUUUAUGAGUCAUUGAAGAAUACAUGUUGAGAUUGUUUUUUGCUUUGUUUGUGUGAUAAAGUUGUGUUUUAUUGACUGCUCGCUGUAAAAGCAUCUUUCUUGUGAGUUAUUAGUUUUAUCGCAAUUUUUGCUUUUUAUAUAUUGGAUGAUGAAGAUAUUAAACCAUGGCCAUCAUCAAAAACCUUUAAAGAUAUUCAAAUGAAUCUUGUUAAUCAUGUAGCCAGGACAAUACCCACACGUGCAGCAAGGUCCAUAAUUCUAACUUUUAUAUUCUGAGGUAUGAUCCUUUUAAUUUUGUAUAAACAGACGAGCAUUCUCAUGCUCUCUGGGACACUCUUGUUUAUGAAUUUUAAGUGCAAUUUUAUUAAUGAAAAUGAAUUUGUUAUGAAAAUAUUUUAAAAUGUUUUUUCUUGCAAGAAUUUUAGCCAACCGUAUUUUAUAAUUAAAAGAUUUAAGUUCUAUUUUAUACAGUGCAUGUUUUGCUCACUUUUGAUAAUUUUUUUAAACUGUUGUUACAAAUAUUACAAUAGGGCCAAUUUCUGUGAUUUCAGAGUAGUUUAGAUUAAGAAAAAAGUACCAAUAUUCAAAUGUACAUAAAAUAACAUUGGGAUUUAUUUGCUGUUAACAAUCGUUUGAUGAUUUCAUUUCAUUUUUGAGCCAUUUUUACCACUCCGGUUGGUGCUCAUCUGAUUUCAUUCUUACCAUCCAGAUGUAACAAGUUCCAUUAUUACAUUUUUACAAAACGAAAGGAAAUGUGUAAUUGUCUCAAAAAAUAAAAAUGUUUCAGUUUUAGAGGUCAUUUAAGCAUGUUAAAUGAAGGGACAAAAUUCACAGCAAGAUAUCACAGUUGUUCAAAUUGCACAGGUUUUCUAUUGGCUGUGUGGCUGAUGGAAAAAGCUUUUUUUUAGUGAUUUUUUUUUGUUCCUUUUUACCAGCACUUAAGUCAGUUUUUGUUGUUUGGCUUACUUCACUUAUGACAGGAAGUUGCUUCAAAGGUUGCCCUGCAUUCAAUGCAUAUGCAGUUUUUCAAUUGAAUUAAUAUCAUUCAAAAUACCACAACCACUUAGUUUACUUGCCUUAAAACAUAGAACUAGAUAGGACUGCAAAUUAUGUCAUGAAUCAAUAUAAACUAGUGAACCAAGAAAUGUGCACUAUAUUUCCCAAUUUUCUUUGCAGAUAACAAUAAGGUUGCUUUGUUUGUGCUUGAAAUUGUGCUGCUGAAUCAAGUUCUUUAGAAUUACUAAGUCUUGUUGUACAAUGAAUAUAUCAUAGAGCUGCUGAGAUCGUACUGUAAAAGCUACAUUUGGAAAUUGUUAACAACUAUCGUAGCUUAACAUCUACCUCAGGUUUAAAGCUUUAGUCCAUUUUUCUUCAGACGCUGACCAUCCUAGUACAGAUAAAUGGUUUUAUAUUCGCCCAUUUUCAUUGCCAUCUUGUCAUCAAACAAUCAUGGUGUCAUAAACUGAAAUUCAUGGUUUAAAUUGGAAAGAAAAAUUACUAGUGUUUUAUUUUGGCCGACUUAUCAUUAAGAUGUGCUAACUUAUUGUUCAGGAUGAAAUGUGUCCAUGCUAGCCAGUGCACUUGUGCAAGAUUCUACAUAACUUGCUAAAUAAAACCAAUGAAUUACUAAAUGGAAAAUUGGUGGUUGUUUUUGUUAACAAACGGAAAUUUGGUGGUUGUAAUUUGCUUAAUGGAUUUUAUGGUUGUCAGUGCUCUUCUUAAUAAAUAGAUGUGAAUCCGUCUGGUGAUUCCAUUGGUAAUGCCAUGAGCGUUUCUACUAUUAAAAAAAACCCUGCAAAUAAAACUGAAAUUUUACUGUAAUUUUAUAUGCACAGAUUAGCACACUAUUAGAUAAAGUGACAUCAUUUUGCCAAACUAAUUGUAUAAAAAAGUGAGAUAACUUCCAAGGUGAUGCCAAUUUUUGCCUUUCAUUUUUAAAAUCUGAAUGGAAAGUGACUAACUAUAGUAUAAUAAUUGUAAAUGUUAUAAAAUUAUAGUAUAUAGAUGGUGAAUGCCCUUGUUACUUUGUGAUAUUAUUUUAUGGUAUAAGUUGUGUACUACAGCAUUUUAAAAAUGUACGGUAUAUGUAAUUGUGUGUUUAUGAAAAUGCAUUAAAAUGAAAUCUGAAA